UCCCCAAAGGUCAGCAGUCAUCUCCUGUACUGUCCGCAGUCUCUGGUCAUCCCUGUACUGUCCACAGUCUCUGGUCAUCUACUGUACUGUCCGCAGUCUCUGGUCAUCUCCUGUACUGUCCGCAGUCUCUGUCAUCUCCUGUACUGUCCGCAGUCUCUGGUCAUCCCUGUACUGUCCACAGUCUCUGGUCAUCUACUGUACUGUCCGCAGUCUCUGGUCAUCUCCUGUACUGUCCGCAGUCUCUGGUCAUCUCCUGUACUGUCCGCAGUCUCUGGUCAUCCCUGUGCUGUCCGCAGUCUCUGGUCAUCCCUGUGCUGUCCGCAGUCUCUGGUCAUCCCUGUGCUGUCCGCAGUCUCUGGUCAUCCCUGUGCUGUCCGCAGUCUCUGGUCAUCCCCUGUAUUGUGUCCGCAGUUCCUGGUCAUCCCUGUGCUGUCCGCAGUCUCUGGUCAUCCCUGUGCUGUCCGCAGUCUCUGGUCAUCCCUGUACUGUCCGCAGUCUCUGGUCAUCCCUGUGCUGUCCACAGUCUCUGGUCAUCUCCUGUACUAUGUUUGCAGU